AUGAGCCUCCACUCAUCAUCCAACAACAUUUCCGGCUAUGAUUCAGUGCCGGUAUUCACUCCCACACUGGAGGAAAUGGCUGACUUUCAAGGCUACAUUGAUCGGGUGGUGGAUCCGGCCUGUUCUUAUGGUGGUAUUUGCAAGAUCAUUCCUCCAAAGGAAUGGAAACCUCAUAACUUCACUAUGGACCAAAUUGAUUUUGAAAUUGCCACACCCGUGAAACAAUUCGUUGAUGGCGUGAAGGGCGUCUUUCAGUUAUAUUUGGAAGAAUCAAAGCCAACCACAUUCAAGAAGUGGCCAAAAGCAGUUACCGAGAAGGCACCAACUCUUCCGAGCAACUUGACCACCUUGGAGGAACAAGUGGAAUGGAUGGAAAGAAAAGUUUGGAAGAAUGUUGCAUUUCAAGCUCCGCUCUAUGGAAGCGAUUUGUACGGCACAUUGUUCGUCGAUCCAAAGACACCAUGGAAUUUGAAUACAUUAGAUUCAGUUUUAUCUAGGAUUUUAAAGAAGCAAGGAAUCACUUUGCCAGGAAUUAACUCACCUUAUCUUUAUGUUGGUAGUUACAAAUCGUUUUUCGCUUGGCAUUGCGAAGAUUUAGAUCUAUAUAGUAUCAAUUAUAUGCAUUUUGGAAGUCCUAAGGUUUGGUACACAAUCCCCUUUCCUUACAAGAACAAAUUUGAAGAGUUGGUCAAAAAAACAUUUCCCGAACAAUUCCAAACAUGCUCCCAAUUUCUCAGACACAAGACAACCUUGAUCUCUCCCUUCACAUUGAAAGAGCAUGGUAUUAGGGUUACUCGUGUGACGCAAUUACCAGGAGAAUUCAUCAUCACACUUCCAGGAAGCUAUCAUCAAGGUUUUAACUGGGACAUCAAUGUCAAUGAGGCCGUGAACUUUGCAACAAAACGUUGGCUGCCCAUUGGAAAGGUUUGUGAGCGCUGUCAAUGUGACCCUGACACGGUAAGAAUUAAUCUCGAUGUUCCUCUGGAUGACAUUGAUGCAGAUCCAUUGAGUAGUUCAUCCCUUAGUGAUCUUAAUUCUGCCUCUGUUACUCCAUUCGACAUUUCUAACAAUGGCCAAUUCUCUAUAAGCAAUGCAGCUGAAUCAUACCGUGCCUUACUUUUGCACAAUGAUUUUGGUAUGGCCACAGUACCUCAUCAACUGCAACCUUCAGAUCAGGCUUUCAUUUCAAAGUACUAUGAUGAAAUUAAUGCAUCCUAUAACUAUCCUUAUAACAACCCUACCAAGGUUUAUACGAAUCAAGAGAUUGAAGUUCCUAACGCUGUUAAAUCAGAGUUCGAAUUACCAGAGCAAAUGAAGGUUGUCGCACACAAUCCCAAGUGUCUAACCAUUAGAAUAACAACAGCACCAUCUGAACCUCUCGAAGAAGAAGAAAUUGAUGACGAAGAAUAUACUCCAACAAGGAAGAAAAAGAGAAAUAGUAAAUCAACAUCGAGUAAGAAGAAAGGCAAGAAGGAUAAAGGAAUAAUCCCUGGACCUGUGGGCAUUGUUAAAAAAGAAAAGAGUUCAUCGUCACUAGUGGACCAAUUACCUUGCGAUAACACCAUAAUUAAGAGCCAACACCAUCCACUGAACGCUAAAUUCUUUGCUAGGGCUAGGUUAUUAAGGAAAUAA